GAGAAAGUGGAUAGCCCUCUUCAGAAAUGGAGGACGGGAAGCCCGUUUGGGCACCACAUCCUACAGAUGGAUUCCAGAUGGGCAAUAUUGUGGAUAUUGGCCCUGACAGCUUAACAAUUGAACCCUUGAACCAAAAAGGCAAGACAUUUUUGGCUCUCAUAAACCAAGUUUUCCCUGCAGAAGAGGACAGUAAAAAAGAUGUGGAAGAUAACUGUUCACUAAUGUAUUUAAACGAAGCCACACUUCUUCAUAAUAUCAAUGUUCGAUAUAGUAAAGACAGAAUUUAUACAUAUGUGGCCAACAUUCUGAUUGCUGUGAACCCAUAUUUUGACAUACCUAAAAUAUAUUCUUCAGAAACGAUAAAGUCGUAUCAAGGAAAAUCUCUUGGGACUAUGCCACCUCAUGUCUUUGCAAUUGCUGAUAAGGCUUUUCGAGACAUGAAAGUACUAAAGAUGAGUCAGUCUAUCAUUGUUUCUGGAGAAUCAGGAGCUGGAAAAACAGAAAAUACAAAAUUUGUUCUAAGAUAUCUAACUGAAUCCUAUGGAACAGGUCAAGAUAUUGAUGAUAGAAUUGUUGAAGCUAACCCACUCCUAGAAGCCUUUGGAAAUGCAAAGACUGUUCGCAACAAUAAUAGCAGUCGAUUUGGAAAAUUUGUAGAAAUACAUUUUAAUGAAAAGAAUUCAGUUGUUGGAGGAUUUGUUUCACAUUAUCUUCUAGAGAAAUCUAGGAUCUGUGUUCAAGGCAAAGAGGAAAGGAAUUAUCAUAUCUUUUAUAGGUUGUGUGCUGGUGCUUCUGAAGAUAUAAGGGAAAAACUUCAUUUGAGCUCCCCAGAUAAUUUUCGGUAUUUAAACCGAGGCUGCACUAGAUACUUUGCUAACAAAGAAACUGACAAACAGAUUUUACAGAACCGCAAAAGUCCUGAGUACCUUAAGGCAGGUUCCUUGAAAGACCCUCUGUUAGAUGAUCAUGGAGAUUUUAUUAGAAUGUGCACAGCUAUGAAAAAAAUUGGGCUGGAUGAUGAAGAAAAGCUUGAUCUGUUCCGGGUAGUAGCUGGAGUCCUGCACCUUGGAAAUAUCGAUUUUGAGGAAGCUGGCAGUACUUCAGGUGGCUGUAAUCUGAAGAGUAAAUCGACUCAGUCCUUGGAAUAUUGUGCUGAAUUACUGGGUUUGGAUCAAGAUGAUCUUCGUGUAAGUUUAACCACAAGAGUCAUGCUGACAACAGCAGGGGGCACCAAAGGAACAGUUAUAAAGGUACCCCUGAAAGUGGAGCAAGCAAACAAUGCUCGUGAUGCUUUGGCGAAGACCGUGUAUAGCCAUCUUUUUGAUCAUGUGGUCAAUAGAGUAAAUCAGUGUUUUCCUUUUGAAACAUCAUCCUAUUUUAUUGGAGUCCUUGAUAUUGCUGGUUUUGAGUACUUUGAACAUAACAGUUUUGAACAAUUCUGCAUCAACUAUUGCAAUGAAAAACUUCAGCAGUUUUUUAAUGAGAGGAUUCUGAAGGAGGAACAAGAACUCUAUCAAAAAGAAGGUUUGGGUGUUAAUGAAGUACAUUAUGUGGAUAAUCAGGACUGUAUAGAUUUAAUUGAAGCAAAAUUAGUGGGCAUACUGGAUAUUUUGGAUGAAGAAAAUCGCCUCCCCCAGCCAAGUGAUCAACACUUUACAGCUGCAGUUCACCAGAAGCACAAGGAUCACUUCCGACUCACCAUUCCCAGGAAGUCUAAGCUGGCAGUUCAUAGGAACAUCAGAGAUGAUGAAGGCUUCAUUAUUAGGCAUUUCGCAGGGGCAGUGUGCUAUGAGACAACCCAGUUUGUGGAGAAAAAUAAUGAUGCUUUACACAUGUCUCUUGAAUCCUUAAUAUGUGAAUCCAGGGAUAAAUUUAUACGGGAAUUAUUUGAAUCAUCCACAAAUAAUAACAAAGAUACUAAACAGAAAGCAGGAAAACUUAGCUUCAUCAGCGUGGGAAACAAGUUUAAGACACAGCUAAAUUUGCUCCUGGAUAAACUUCGAAGUACUGGAGCAAGCUUUAUUCGUUGUAUCAAACCUAAUUUAAAGAUGACAAGCCACCACUUUGAAGGUGCUCAAAUUCUGUCACAGCUUCAAUGUUCAGGUAUGGUGUCUGUUUUGGACUUGAUGCAGGGUGGUUUCCCAUCUCGAGCUUCAUUUCAUGAACUCUACAACAUGUAUAAAAAGUACAUGCCAGAUAAACUUGCAAGAUUGGAUCCAAGACUCUUUUGUAAGGCGCUUUUUAAAGCUUUAGGCUUAAACGAAAUUGACUACAAGUUUGGAUUAACAAAAGUAUUUUUUAGACCUGGCAAGUUUGCUGAAUUUGAUCAGAUUAUGAAGUCUGAUCCAGACCACCUCGCAGAGUUGGUUAAAAGAGUCAACCAGUGGCUGGUCUGCAGUCGUUGGAAGAAAGUUCAGUGGUGCUCACUGUCUGUCAUCAAACUGAAAAAUAAAAUAAAAUAUCGAGCUGAAGCCUGCAUUAAAAUGCAAAAAACUAUUCGAAUGUGGCUUUGCAAAAGGAGACACAAACCUCGUAUUGACGGGCUGGUUAAGGUGGGCACACUGAAAAAACGACUUGAUAAAUUUAAUGAAGUAGUAAGUGCAUUGAAAGAUGGAAAACCAGAGAUGAAUAAACAGAUCAAGGAUCUUGAAAUUUCCAUUGAUGCUUUGAUGGCCAAAAUUAAGUCUACUAUGAUGACAAGGGAACAAAUACAGAAAGAAUAUGAUGCACUAGUUAAAAGCUCAGAGCAACUCCUCAGUGCAUUACAGAAAAAAAAACAACAGGAAGAGGAAGCAGAAAGGCUGAGGCGUAUUCAAGAAGAAAUGGAAAAAGAAAGAAAAAGGCGUGAGGAAGAUGAACAACGUCGAAGAAAGGAGGAGGAAGAAAGACGAAUGAAACUUGAGAUGGAAGCAAAGAGAAAACAAGAAGAAGAAGAGAGAAAGAAAAGGGAAGAUGAUGAAAAACGUAUUCAGGCUGAAGUGGAGGAGCAGUUGGCCAGGCAGCGGGAGGAGGAAUCCCAGCAGCAGGCAGUGCUGGAGCAGGAGCGCAGGGACCGGGAGCUGGCCCUCAGGAUUGCCCAGAGUGAAGCUGAGCUCAUCAGCGACGAGGCCCAGGCUGACCCAGCGCUCCGGAGUUACUUUUCCAGCUUGGAUUCCUACCCAGUGAUUUCUAAAAAUGAUGACGCAAGAUCCAAAAUAACACCGGAACAAAUGGCCAAAGAAAUGUCAGAAAUUUUGAGUAGAGGUCCUGCUGUACAAGCCACCAAGGCAGCUGCUGGUACCAAGAAACAUGAUCUUAGUAAAUGGAAAUACGCAGAACUGCGUGAUACCAUCAAUACUUCCUGUGAUAUUGAGCUCCUGGCAGCUUGCAGAGAAGAAUUUCAUAGGAGACUAAAAGUUUAUCAUGCUUGGAAAUCCAAGAAUAAGAAGAGAAAUACUGAAACAGAGCAACGUGCUCCAAAGUCUGUUACUGAUUAUGAUUUUGCACCAUUUUUGAACAAUUCACCUCAGCAGAACCCAGCAGCUCAGCUUCCUGCCAGGCAGCAGGAGAUUGAAAUGAACCGACAGCAGCGCUUCUUCCGCAUCCCGUUCAUUCGCCCUGCUGAUCAGUACAAAGACCCUCAGAGUAAGAAAAAAGGCUGGUGGUACGCCCAUUUUGAUGGACCCUGGAUUGCCCGGCAAAUGGAACUUCACCCUGACAAACCACCCAUCCUUCUUGUGGCUGGUAAGGAUGACAUGGAGAUGUGUGAGCUCAAUCUCGAAGAGACUGGCCUGACCCGAAAGCGCGGGGCUGAGAUCUUGCCAAGGCAGUUCGAAGAAAUCUGGGAGCGCUGUGGAGGCAUCCAGUACCUUCAGAAUGCAAUUGAGAGCAGACAGGCUCGGCCCACAUAUGCAACAGCCAUGCUGCAGAAUCUGUUAAAGUAGAUGUUGCACGUUAACCUUCUAGAUGGGAGUCUUUCCCACAGCACUCGGUAGGGUGUGGGCCCCAGAGGUUUAACCAUUCCAACAAUCAUGUUAGAAUUACUUACACAAAGUGAACAGAUUUUAUUAAUCAUGGCUUUUUGUUCAUUUGUUUAGGGUUAAUUAUGGUAAUGAACUUGGGACCUAAAAAUUAUUUUCCUGUAUUCAGCCGUAACUCUUCAUUAAGCCUCUUGUGAUUCUAAUACUUGUUACACUUGGACAGAUUCUGACAUUUUUCAUCCUCUGCCAAUAGACCCUCUUAAGUCCAUUGUGGUUACAAUGUUACUUAGGAAGAGGAUUUUUAAAAAUUCAAAACUACAGUACUUCCUUGUUAAGAAUGGUACAGUACCAUUUAACUGGAGCAGUGAAACCUUAGCUUACAUUUCUUACAAAAAUUAAGGCACUUAACAUGCUCAAGAGGCCGAUGUUUCGGUUGGAAAAGUGGUGUACUUUCUUUACUAACUGUUUCAGAAAUUUAUGGAAAUUUCCUCCACAGGUGAAAAUUCUAAUAUUUUUCCUUUGCAGUUUGUCUUGGUAUAUGAGUGAAACCAGUUCUUCCUAAGUUCUAGAAUUCUAGAAAGAGACUUAAUGUAUUCUUGAUAAAGAAGGUACUGCACAGAUUUUUCUCUUCUAGCAUAUUGUGCAUUGCUAUCAGAAUAUUCUUUUUAUAUUUCAUGGAUAAUUAAAGGAAAUCCAGCCUGUUGAAAUGCCUAAAAGUUUUGAGAUUAAGUUUUGUUUCACUUAGAAAAGGAAAUAGAUUUUAGGUCGUACUUUGGCUUAACUGGGCUGAAUUAAAAUAUUCUUUCAACUUCAUCUCAGCUGUGAUUUUGGUAUCAGAAUCUUGUCCAAGUUGUUUCAUAUGAUAUAAAUUGAUGUUCUGCCUCUGAUAUCUUUCUUUUUUUAAAAAAAAAAUUCCUAAGUGUCUUUUCUGGCCUUUGAGAUAUUGGCAAUUGUAGAGCUGUUUUAUAAGCUUUGUAACUCAAAAGCCUUGUACUUAGUAAUUGCUUGUUUCACAUAACAAUUUUUAAAAAGUUUUCUUUGUGUGCUGUUAGUUUUGAUCACAUGUCAGCAGUUUCAAAGUUAAUAUGACUUUCAUAUUCUGAAUUUACAGACAAAAAAUACAUCAAGGAGUUAGGUUAACAUAAUUCUAAGGAGUCUUGGUUGUAUUUUAGGAUGCAAUUAGAAAGUGAAAUUACUCUCUGCACUUUUAUUUUCCUGUUUUUUAAGGACACUAACCUGUUAAAUAAAAUUCUGGUGAUUUUUUUUUUUUCUAGAGAAAAUAUCUCAGCUAGGAAAAUAUUUUCUAGCUGAUUAGAUCAGUGUUUGUGGGCUACAGACACUGUUUCAGAGUUGCUUCUCAUACUGUCUUAGUACAGAAAUAUUUAUUUAUUAUGAUACUGUGUAAGUGAUUGUCUUGUGUUAAAGAAAUGAAAUGGUCCUGUCUGUGCUAUUAAUUGAAAAUGUGAAUGUGAUGAUCUUUUGGAGGUUGUAUUUCUGCAUUGACUUAUUCACCUUUGGGUCAUUUGGUCCCUCUUAUUGGUGACAGAAGGUGUAGUUACUGAAAUAAAUGACCUGUUUUCUCUCUUCCA